CCAAUGUGUGGGGAAAAUCAGUCCAGUGUCUCUGAAUUCCUCCUCCUGGGGCUCUCCAGGAAGCCACAGCAGCAGCAGCUCCUCUUCAUGCUCUUCCUGAGCAUGUACCUGGCCACAAUCCUGGGAAACCUACUCAUCAUCCUGGCCAUCAACUCAGACUCCCGCCUGCACACCCCCAUGUACUUCUUCCUCAGCAACCUAUCCUUCGUGGAUAUCUGCUUCUCCUCCACAACGGUCUCCAGGAUGCUAGUCAACCACAUAAUUGGAAGUCAAACCGUGUCUUUCUCCGGGUGUCUCACACAGACGUAUAUUUUCCUUGUGCUUAGCAGCAUGGACAAUUUCCUCCUGGCCGUGAUGGCCUAUGACCGCUUUGUUGCUGUAUGCUACCCCUUACACUAUACAACUAAGAUGACCCAUCAGCUCUGCAUCCUCCUGAUCACUGUGUCUUGGGGCAUUGCCAAUGUGAAUGCUCUGUUGAAUACCCUGUUGAUGGCUCGGCUUUCAUUCAGUGCACACAACAGGAUCCCCCACUUCUUCUGUGAUGUGCCUGCUCUCCUAAAACUCUCCUGCUCUGACACACACCUCAAUGAGAUGAUGGUUUUUACUGUGGGAGGUCUGAUAACGGCAACCCCAUUGGUUUGCAUCCUGGUGUCCUACAUUUGCAUCACCUCUGCUGUCCUGAGAGUCCCAUCUGCAAAGGGAAAGUGGAAAGCCUUCUCCACCUGUGGCUCCCACCUGGCUGUGGUUUCCCUCUUCUAUGGCACCAUCAUUGCUGUGUAUUUCAACCCUUCAUCCUCCCACUCAGCUGAGCAGGACACCAUAACUACCGUGAUGUACACGGUGGUGACCCCCAUGCUGAACCCCUUCAUCUAUAGUCUGAGGAACAAAGACAUGAAAGAGGCUCUAAGAAAACUGAUUAGCAAAGAGACAGGUUUUAUCUGA